GUUAGCAACCUGUAACUGGGGUGCCAGUGGCUCACGUCCGUGAACUAUUCCUCCAUCAAGCCAGUACCACUGCCACAACUUUCAUAUAGAGGAAAAUAAAAAACAGCCACCAAGAUGUCUGAAAAAAAGAUGACAUCGAGCAGGAGGCAUCAGCUCAAAAGCUUGAUGCUUUCAAUAGCCAAGGGCUUGCUAGAGAAGGAGGCCACUCAGAGUGUGGCUGACAAGGCUGCUUACAUGGCCCAGAAUUGCCCUGAUCUCUCCUUGCCACACUCACUGCAGGAUCUGCAGGAUCUGUGCAAGAAACUGCACCAGACCAUUGACAAGGUUGAUGAGGAGAGAUAUGACUUAGAGGCCAAAGUAAAAAAAGGAGACAAAGAGAUUGAGGAUCUGAAGAUUAAGGUGAUUGAUCUGAUCGGCAAGUUCAAAAAGCCAGCUCUGAGGAAGGUGCGCAUGUCUGCUGAUCAGAUGCUUCAGGCUCUGCUUGGCUCCAAACACAAGGUGUCUCUGGAUCUGAGAGCCAACCUUAAACAAGUCAAGAAGGAGGUCAAGGAGGAGGCUACAGAAGUCGGUGACUGGCGUAAGAACAUUGAAGACAAGGCUGGCAUGGAUGGCAGAAAGAAGAUGUUUGAGGGUGGCGAGUCCUAAAUUCCUAGACAUUUGUUUCUUUACUUGCUCUGAACACUCUCUCCAGGGCAAUGCAGUGUCUCACCUUUUUGCAAUAGUUACAUUGUUUAUUCUGGUACCAAUGCUUGUUACUUACAUUUGUUUCAUGCAGUAUUUUGGAUCUGAGGGGGAAAUGUAUGUAAUUGCAGAGCAACUACCAUUAAAUGAAUGGAUAUGGAAAACCCA